UUUGUAUAGCACUAUUCAUACAAAAAAUAUAGCACAAAUUGCUUUACAUAGCAGAGAAAUUAAAGAAACAAAGAAACCCCUACCCUAAUCUACCCCAACUCAACCCCACCCCGCAAUCUAAGCACAAUAGAGAUGUGUAUUCAAAUGCAUGGUCUUUAAAAGGGCUUGAUUUCAUAUAAACAGGAAUGUGCGCACUGACGAAACGCUGUUUUAAAAUUCAAGAUAAGGAAAUACUGGAGGUUUAAAAUCUAAAAACAAAGUAACAUAAAAUGAAAUUUAAGAAUAAUAGAUAAAAUAACAGUAAAAGAUACUAAAAUAAGAGCACCAAAAUAGCUCUAUUAUUUCGCCUUGUUAUACACUUUCAACCGCGCUCCCAUCAAGGGGUGCAUUCUACAGCAGGGGUGCAUUCUAAUGCACAACACCGCUGGGGCCCAGGGCAGAGCCCCCUUUUCUUCCUCCUCCUACUAUGACGCCCCUGACGGUAGGCACCUGCUGUCAAGAUAAAUUGCAAUCCCAAUCCACUCCAUUGCCUGGGCAUUGAUUCCGUUAACCAUUUUUUGUAAUUAAAAAAAUUACUCAAAUAGUCAAGGAGUGAUAAAACAAAAGUUUUUAAGGUAAAAAUAUUUAGCUAGCUAAAAACCGUAAAAAUUAAAUGACCUUUCACGCGCUCCGCCCCGUGAUGACGCAGCGGUUGUUUGGCCUCUGACGCUCCUUGUACACGUAGCCUAGUAGGAUGUGCUCAUUGAAGAUGGUGGCGGUGUGUCAGACUCACUGUCCUGGAUAUUUGUAAGAAUUUAUUCAAAUCUUUACACAUUGCCGACAUCGGGUAAGAGUAGAUGUAUACCAUGGCUGUAAUUAUUUCACUCUGAACGUUUGAAUGUGGUGUCUGUAGCGGGUAUGAAACUGUUAACCCCGUAGUUAGCAAAGGCUAGUUAGCUAGUAAUGCUACAUAAGCACCGAUGCUAACGCUAGAUGACCAGUCAGUGAACCUGUUAAUUUAUGCUCGACGAGAGUAUUCGCCCAUGUCAGUACUACAUGUGACCAAAUUAAGAUGCAAUAUGUUCUUAGAAGACUCCAGGCCCAGACGGUGAGCUUUGAAUAUCAGACUUUGUGCUGCUAUGGCGUCCAGGACGUGUAGAGCAAUGCAGUGUUACCGUUAGCUGUCGAGCCGAGCACUCCAGACCUGGAGCUUUCAGGCUGUUUAAUGUGUAACUUUUACUUGAUAUCGUGCCAGAACUUAAAUAUUUGCCACAAGCGAGAGUACAGCAAGUGUAGGGCAAUGGUAAGAAGCCAGUCUGUUUCCAUUAUGAGGCUUAAACUUAUGAGUCUGUUGAUUGUUUGUUGGUGGGUUAGCUGCGCUACUGUUAGCAUACAUGACUGCAACGGUUCCUGGUGACGGUGUAAGCCGGGGGGGUCAGAAAGAUCCGGGAUCGCAUUUGUCUGUCAGAGCUUACCUGGACAUGCCUACCUGUCUUGCUGGCUCUAUGUGUCACCGAUCUUACUUUCUUAUAUUACAUGAGCUGUGUGUUACACUCUGGUUCGUCUGGACUCCAGACUGACACAUGCACAGUGUUUGGACCUAAAGGCUUCAAUAAUCUCAUUAACUCGUUAUCAGCUGUGUUGACGUUUAAUGGUUUGUAUUGGUAGCAUCUAUCUGUAAUGAUUAAAGCUUGCAGCAGAAGCUUUGAAAGCACAUAUCAGCUGCAUCGGCAGAACAAUGACAGCGUGUUCCUGUUUAGAGAGGAUCAUAUAAACAAACCAGCCAUUAACAUUGUGAACCCAAUACUUAGCCUUGACUUUAAGGAAGCUUCUAGACUUUCAGUUUUUGUUGACACGAUCAGACAUAUGACUAUCACACUCAACAUUAAUUGUUUAAGACAUAGUAGGUGGUGGUGGUGUACUGGAGUUUGUUAUAUAGAAUAGAAUAGAAUGCAACUUUAUUGUCAUUGCACAUGUCACAAGUACAGAGUAACGAAAUGCAGUUUGCAUCCAUCCAGAAGUGCUUAGCAAGUAUAGAUAUAUUUACAAAUGUAUACGGUAUGAAGGAGAUAUAUACGCAAGUAUACAACAUUGUUAUGAAUAUGCUAUAACUAUAAGUAUGUACAGGCUAUAGUAGUGUAUGUACAGGCUAUGAACAGAUUAUACAUAUGGUUAUAAAUAUGGAGGGUGUAAACAGACUAUAAAUAUAGGUAUAGGACAGAUAAAUUAUGCAGUAGUGCAAUAUUGGAUGUAUUUAUAGUAGUGCAAAUGAGGUUUUAAAGGUUUUAAGUUGGUUUAAAGAUAUAAAGUGCAGGUAAUUGUAGAUAAUUGUAAGUGGUGGUUCAGUGGUUGUGAGUGUUUGUGUGUGUGUGUGUUCAGUCCAUGAGUAUUAAUGUGGUUCAGAUGUCAGGAGGCAGAGUUCAGGAGUGUGACACCUGUGGGGAAGAAGCUGUUCCGGUACCUGGUGGUCUUAGUUAGUCUUAGACAGAUGUUCCUUAUAUUUUGUCCCCUUAAACAUGAGAGGAACAAAAUAGUCGGAACAGUUUUCAAUGUUGUGCUAAAAUAACUUAAUCUUAUUAACACUGUGUGUACAUUAAUGUCACUGAUUUUUGCAGCAGCUGGAGUCCAGGUGAUGAUGUGCCAUAAACCCUUUAACAAGGCUGUGUAAAGCGCUUGAUUUAGUGAUAAUAACAUAACAUACAACUUUUUUUUUUAUUCCAGGUAGUUUUUCAAAGGGAAAAGUUAUGUCACAGGGCUGCAUAAUCAGUCUCAAAUGUAUUAAUAUCAAUAGCAACAAACACAUAAAAAAGCUUGAUUUAUCUAAUUAAAUAAGCAAAUAAUGUCAUGCAUUUUCUCAGUUUGCGUGUACAUUUUGCCUGUUAGAUGGAGAUCAUGCUUUUAAUGCCAUCAAAUGAAGUUUCAGCCAUCUAACAGCUUUUUAGAUCAAUUUUAGAUACAGAAUAAACAGUUAUUGUGUAAAUCACAAAGAACAGCAGACAAUUGAAAAUACAUGUUAUUUGAGAUGAUAUGUGCUCUUCAGUAUUUUUGUUAGCCACACAUCUCAUUAAUAUUGCAGUAUUGAGCAUUGCCAUCACACAUUUCCUUCUGUAAUAUCAGUGUCAGAUUUGUUGGUAAAGGGCUGAACCAAGAAUAGCAGCAGUAAGAUACCAUGAGUAACUUUGGUUUUAUUGAAGAAAAACAGAUACAAACUCUCUGUUUUUGUGUCAUUAUUGAUAUUAAAAAAAUGUUUUAAAAUUCUAAUCCAGAUAUAUUUACUACAGUAAAAAUAUCUGGAUGAGUACCUGCAUGUAUGAUUGCCAGUUAUUAGGUUGUUUAAUAAGGGUUAACACAAAGCUUUAACAGUAAAAGUAUUUCAUGUAGACUGCUUGACGUUAAGUCUGUCAUCUUCUUAUUGUUGUACUGUGUGUAUUUUUGGUGUACUUGCAGCCCAUGUGGAAAUCGCCACGUUGUAACAUCCAGUCAGAUAGGAGAAGAGACUAUAACUCAAAUAAAGGUGUGAUCAGUCUUUUCUCAGCCACUCCCUCUUUUCUUCUCUUUACCCAGCUUUGCCUGACUUAAGACUCUUCAGUGACAUCCACUAGAGUGACCCGGUCCUCGGACCUGCUAGCUCUGCAGCAAUGCAGUCUCCUCCUCGGACUGGUCCUCCAGGAGCCUCUUGCCCUCCCCCUUCUUCAGGGCCCAAUAUGUUCCGCAGGACUAGGCCUCACAAGCAUACAGCAGCAGCUGCAGCUGCUGCCACCAUGCCACCUACAUCUCAACCAAUGACAGACCCUUUUGCUUUUGCUAGAGCUCCUCCCCCUAUGGCUGCAGGUGGUCCCCCAACAAUACCAAACAGUAACCCUCCACUAAUGCAAGCUCCACCUAACACCAUGUACUCUCAAGCUGGCUCAGGACUGCCUACACAACCACAGUCACUGGAGAAUGUCCCACCUGCUUUCUCUGGUCCUCCACCAGCCUCUCUGCAAGGGGUGACCCUGUUCAACCCUCAUAGUUCAGCACCCCCUGGUGUUUUCACAGCACCCAGUCCUGCAGGGUUUGCACCCACACCAAGUGAACAGGGCUAUUUUAAUUCAAGAGAACAGACCCCAUCUAUGGGCACAGAGCCUCUGCCUGGGGCCUCAGCCCCAGCACCACAUCAGACACCUUUUAACCAGGAAUUUCAAGGACAUCCACCACAGCCUGUGCCCUUUCAGCCAGUGCCUCCGACCACCUCUUCUUCUCAGUGGGUCCCUGAUCAUGGAAGUCGCCCUCCAUCAGUUCAGAACUAUUUCCAGCCAACUAGUGACCCCCCACAACAACCUUUUAAUUUACCUCCUCAGCCUCAGAUGUACCCUUCUCAUACCCCGUCGCCUCAUCACAACCCCCCCACUUCUUCAACUCAACCUGGGCAUCCUCUUCCUCCUCCUCCUCUCCAGAAUUCUUAUAAGGGCCCUGGUUCCCAGUGGCCUGAUCCAAAUGCACCCCAGCAACAGAAUUCACACUUCCAAACUCAGAGCUACUUCAGCCAGAGCUCUGCCCCCCAGGACUCCUGGUUUAAUCAACCACCACAGGACCCGGGCUAUCACCAAAUGGGUACUGGUAUGGGCCAUCCUCAGCCCAGACCUGAAUUUGCUGGAUCCCAACAUGCACCCAGUUCUGGGCCUAGUUAUGCCUCAGUCCCAGCCCCAGCCUCAACCUCACAGCCAUACCCCCAGGAGUCUGGGACCCUCUCAAUGUUCUUCAAAGAUGAUGUGGAAAAUGAAGAGACACUGGCUGGAGAGAGGAAAAAGGCAAUGAAUGGUGUUCCUGGGUCCCUUCAGCCUCACAGUAACCCACCAGUCCAAAGCAGUCACACAGAUGCUCCUUUGGAUUACCAAGGGCCUCCUCUGCAAGAUCAGUCACAUUUACCGUACAUGAAUGAUGGAAGCCUUUUAACCCAGAGGCCUCCUGAGUCCCACUAUGACCAUGUUGAGAAUUUGGAGUGUGUACCAAACCAGGAAGUUUUGCCCAGUGAAGCCCCUGUGAGUCCCGCUGCACUAGCAGCCCACGGAGUAGACCAGUUUGAAACAGGGCCUAACCUGGAGACUCCAGACUCCAUUCCAAGACCAAUGAGAUCUGCCAGUGUGUCGUCUAACUACAGCAACAUGAGCCAUGGAAGUGGAACCAGCGGUCGGAGGCAUCAGGGAGUGGUGGGUACCUUUAUUCAGCAGGAAAGCCCACGUCUCACUGAUGAAGCUAACCUGUCUGCUGCUGCUGGAGGCUACUUUGAGCAGAUUGACUCUUCUCCUGCUGGGGAUAUAGGUGCCCGUCAGAGCUCCCUGGAGCAGAUGUGCCACCCCACACCAAGCCCUCCAAAGCCAACUGGCAUCUUCCAGGCCAGUGCCAACAGCUCGUUUGAACCUGUGCGCUCACAUGGGGUCGGGGUGCGUCCUGCUGAGGUUGACAAAGCUAAAAUGGUAGCAGAGGGGCGUGCGGAUUCGACACCUGGCAAUCUGGAGCAGCCUCCAGAUAACAUGGAAAAUAUUUAUGGCCAAGGACACCCCCUGCCUGCUGGAGCUGCAGGUGGUGUGCUUCACCUGGUACAUCCAGUGGUUCCCUCUCACUCCCGGCCCUCAUCCAGGGCUUUCGGGAUGAAUCGGCCCUGUGAGAGCCCCGCCACUACUCUGUGGGCUCAGAAUGACACUUCUAGCUUUGGCUCUAACAUCCUCUUAGCUCCUGCAGCCCCCACAGUUCUUGCCCCUUUAAGAGAGCCCAGUUCUGAGGUCAUCCAGCCUCCAGAAGACAGCCCGCUGGACCUGCAGCCCCCACAGAGAGUCCAGCCAACAUCACAGCAGCAUUCUGAGAACCUGGAGAACCCACCAAAGGUGAGUGAGGCCGAGCCCACCGACUCUCAAGGCAACCCCGGCUAUGCAUCGCUCCUUGUGACCGACUCGCUACGCCAGCCUGUUUUGAUUGCCCCGCCUGUGUCCAGCGUAGUUCCCCCCAGUGCCCCUGCUCAAGCAGCCAGUCAAAGUAGCCUUAGGGAGACCACUCCACCUGUGAGAGCACAGGGACACGGUGCCAGUGCCUCUCAAUCACCCUUAUCAAGCUCUAAUCAGAAUCCACUGUUUGCCCCAGGACCAAUAAACUUUAGCGCUCCAGCCUCCAACUCGGGCCCGCUCAAUCUGACCCGAGACAACAAAGAAGCAGCACCGUCAGAAACCACAGCUCCACCGCCGCCUCAGCAGGCCCGCCCCCCGCUUUCCAGGGGCCAAUCAGUGGGUGGGGAGAGCAAUGCUGCUCUUCAAGUUAAUCCGCCAGCUUCUCUUGUGACUGCUCCUGUCUCUAAUCAUAAUCAGCCAUCAAAUUAUGAACUGCUUGAUUUUUCUAUGCACCAAUCACAAGCCCAAAACCAAGCAUCUGGCCAACCUUCCUCCCUACAUGAGUCUCCACAGUCUAGUAAUGGAUUUUACCUACAGGUCACCAAAGAUGCUCAGCAGGGGGUGAGAGUGAAGGGCACUGCCCCUGUCCAGACCCCCACCCCUUCAUCUACCCCACAGGUACCAUUAGCAGCCACUCAAGCACCUGAAAGCAUCCAGUCACCGCCAGCAGAACCCCCAAAGAGACCAGAUUCUCAGGCUGCUCUGCCGGCACAAAAUGAUGUCCCUGCUGUUCCGGUGAGCGGAGCACCACCCUCUCAUGGCCAGUAUCCACCUCCAGGGCAGGGGCCUCCUGCUGGGGGUCCUCCUCCUCCCACUACAGCUGCUCCGAACCCUCCAGGGCCUCGUGGACCAGCACCCCCAGGUGCACCUCAGCCAGGUCCUGCAGAGCAACCCCGACCGCCCUCCUCUGCAGGCAGCCAGCAAGGCUAUGGGCCUCCUCCUCCUCCAGGGCAAGGGCCAGGGCAGAUGUAUGGUGGGUACUACGGUAACUACGGAGAAUACCCAGACAGCAGGGCACCAUAUCCUCCUGGCCAGUACCCACCUCCACCUGGGGCGCAGCAGUAUUAUCAAGUAUGUGUGAGGACCUUUUUUGUAUCAAUACGCUCUUUGUUUUUAAUUUUGAAAUGUACAUCACAAAUUGUACCAACAGAUAAUGCAUGUGAAACUGCACUUCUAAAUAUUACUGAAUUUUUUUCUUCUCGACUCUCAGGAAGGUGCAUACAGGAACAGAGCAGACCCUUGGUAUGGUAGAUAUGAGGGGCAGGCUCCAGGUUAUCGUGAUCCAAACUACCAGUACAGAGAGCCGCAGCCAGAGCGACCCAACUCCAGAGCCAGUCAGUACUCUGACAGGCCAUCAUCCAGGUCAGUUAGAUAUACUCCCCAUGGCAUUAUUAUCAUUAUCAUUAUUACUAUGUUGGCUUCUUUUGACAGUUUUGAAUGCCUGAAUCUAUGAAGUCUAUUUGGUGUCAUUUCACUUGGAUAAUGCAAUCAAGCAUGUUUAGAUUUAUCUUGUUCUUGACUUGUAAAUCUGAAGUUUUGUUUUCUCUCUCCUGUAGGCAAGGCUAUCCUGAAGAUUACACCCGAACAAACCGAAGUGCCUACAAUGAAUAUUAUGCAGAUUAUACCAAGCACUAUGAUUACGCGGGUAAGAGUCACACUGCUGAAAGAUGCUUUUACUGUAAUGUGUGAAUUGAGAAGCGUGUCCUUUUCACAAACUUAGGUCAAAAAGACACGACAGUCACGAUUUUACCGUUGUAUUGCGUCACCUCUUCUGUAAGCAUUUGGAAACCAAGGAGACCGGUUUCUCGUGUUUUUGAAAGUUGCCUGAUUUCCCACACUUGCUCAAUACAGAGUUCUUGCUGCUCAACAAUUAAGGGUUCCUUUUUUUUUUUUUUUGUAUUUUUCAUUUCAUGAUUUCAGUGGUUGACAAGUCAGUGCUGCAGGCCGGCCAGUUUAGCACCUGCACUCUUCUACCACUGACUCAUGCUGUUGUCAAACUUGCAGAAUCCGGUUUAGCUUUGCCUUGCUUUAAUUUGAAAGGUCUUCUCUGGCAUUGCAUGGAUGACAGCAUAUGCUACCUCAAAACCGUGUUUAUUUAUGGUGUCCUGUUUGCAUAGUCCAGUUUUAACCACUAAAUUGUGAUCAGUGGAUUUUGGAAUUUGUUUUGAGCUGAUGCAGUGACUUUAACCACCUGAUCCAAGUAUUUUGAAACAUGUUGCUGGCAUGAAAUGUAAAGUGAGAACACAUUUUUUCCUAAAAAAUCAUAAUUUGAUUUUUUUUUUAUUAUCUCAUAUGUUGUCUUUGCACUAUUUCAAUUAAACAAAGUCUAAAUCAUUUUAAUCGAUCUGAAUAUUUUUUUUUUCACUGUUAAUGUUUAUAUUUUUAUUACACUAAUCUGUCUUGUUUGCUUAUCUUUGGAAAGGAUACAAUUACGGACAGUAUGACCCUGCGUACAGAGGAUAUUACGAUCAGUACUGGGCCGGUUAUGAUCCCAACUACAGAGGGAGAGACUACUAUAAUCAACAGGUGUAUCCUCCCAGGUAUGCUAAGAGAAUGAUUUGCAAACGUGGGAUAUAUUCUUGCUGUUCUGUCGAUAAAAACGUGUUUUUGUCAAUUACUCUUUAAAUGUUUGUGGUGUUCCUCAUCUUAUAGGAAAGAAGGCUACGAUGACCAGUGGAGGUACUAUCCUGGUUACGAUGCCAGUUUCGAUGACGAUUACCGCCGUCGUGGGGAGAUGUAUGGUGAUGAUUUCGACAGACGCAGCGUCCACAGCGAGCAGUCGGCUCACAGCGUGCACAGCUCCCACAGUCACCACAGCAGACGGAGCAGCUUCAGCUCACGCUCGCAACAGGUGAGUCAGCAGUUUUUCCUGGGUCACUGUAAAGUGGUGUUUUUACCUUCUGCUGUCUCUUGUGGACUUAAGUCUCAUAAAGACUCACCAAAGGCUCUUGAUGAUUGAAUUCAAGUUUAGCUUUGAACAACACAAAUAAAUGUUGUUUUUUUACGAACUUUCCACGAUGUUUGUCCCGCUUUCCCUAAAAUGAUGCAACAAAAAUGUUUUUUCCCUUUGCGCUGUCAUGGCACUACAUCACCAUUAAGUUGUCCUAUGAAUGCCUCUGUUGUUCACUCGCCCUUUCUGGCUUAUGGCCCUAAAAAAGAUAGAGACGGUGUUGUUAUUCCUGCAUUUGAGUGUCCUGGAGUUUUCCCUUUGAAGCAAGGUUAAUCCAGAUCAGUUAGUUUAUACUUAUAUAGUGCUGUGUUUGAAGUUGACUUUUUCACUUGAUAGCACUGAUAGUUUUGCACCAGCAAAUCUUGGGGAGCUUCACAGCUUUGGUUUACAUGUCAGCAAGAACAACACUGUUAGGCAGCCUUUGAAAGAAAUCUCUGUUUUCUUCAUCUUCUCUCUCCAGCUUUUCUGAAUUCACGUGGACGAUCUCUCUGUCACAUGUGGAUGAAGUGAAAAGAAGUGAUUGAAGGCUAAUAUUAACCGAUCUAAAUUCUGCAGUGAGAGUUAACAUUGUCAAGCUGACAUUUCAUUAGUUAUGUAAGCAUUGCAUUGAGAUUGGAUUGCAGUAGUGUGUUUUUGAUUGUGAUUGGAUUGGUGGUUGAUUUGACUGGUCUUUCUUAAAUCGGUCCACUCCACUAUACAGGAAGCAGGAACUUUGUUGUCACUGUAGUUACAUGUCACAUGCUACAGGUAUAAUUAGACCCUCCAAGAAUCUGCAGAAAAAAAGGUUUGAUUCCGCGGAGAACAAUCCUGAUUCUGCGGAGAGCAAUUCUUGAUUCCGCAGAAAACUGCGCAGUCAGAUAAUACAUGUAAACAAAUACAAGUGCAGAAUAUUUCACCAAACUAUCAUGGGUGAUGGUUUAGGAACACAAAUGCCUGGAGCUGUGAUUCUCACACAAAAAAAUAUACAGCUUUGCUGCUAUGGUUGUAGGAUUUUGUCGGAGGGAGCGCUCCAUUUCGAGUUUCGCUGGUGCUGCUCGCUGGAGCUCAUCAUACGCUGUGUUUUUUACUCCAUUAAAAAUAUGCCAUCCGCUCUACAGCCCGCCUUUCCAUCUGGGAUCCUCCUCACAAGCAACCAGGCGACGCCAAACCUUUUUGCAUUCGGCUGUGAGUUCCCGUUCCCGUCUCACCCGUCUAUCUGACCGCGUACAUCGACCGGCCAGGAUGAAAACUACAUGUAAAAUAUAAUAUUCUGCACCUCGCCUUGUAUUCGUGAUCGCGGAAUCGCGGAUUCCUGGAGGGAUGUACAAAGACCACUGAUAGGCAUUCUUAAAAAUGUACUCCACAGUGAAGGAAAUAUUCCUCAUCUUCUUUUACGGCAUUUCUUUAGUUUUAUAUACACAUUAUUUUCACACCUGGUUUGUAAGUCAGCAUCUAGCAGACUCCCUGUUGUAGUCUCAGACAACCUUUUGUCACCCACACUCUACGGUAGUGCUGGGCGAUAUGGAAAAAAAUGUAUAUCACGAUAUGGAUCAUUUUAUAUCACGAUAACGAUAUAUAUCACGAUAUAGCUAUGGUAUGCUUUCAGUUCUAUGAAAAAUUUAAGUGUAUACAGCUGCACUAGUACCAGUACAAGACCAGCACUUAAAACUAGAAAAAUGAAUAAAUAAAUACGUGGCUGAAGUGCGUUCAUGUCUGUGCUCACCCAAAGUUAUGCAACACUCACAGAAAACGCCGAUAGUGUGAGCCAAAGCACUCCAUAAUAAUAAUAAUAAUAAUAAUAAUAAAUUUAAUUUGUAAUGCACUUUACAUUUACAAAAAAUCUCAAAGUCCUACAGCACACAGUAAAACAAUAGCAGCAACAAUAAAAAAGCAAUAGAAUGACAGUCACAGAUUGGCAUAAAAAAAGAAAUUAGGCACUGCUUACAAUGAUCCCCUCACGUGUGUAACCCAGGUAACCCGCAACGGCGGGAGACGCUGGACACGAAGAGGGCACGUUAAGCGGCGUCAUGUCGCAAAAUCGAAAGAGAAAUGCAAGCCUACAUGUCAACGCAUCCUUUUCUUUGUAAGAAAAUAUUGUUUUCGUUCCCGUUUGACACCAAAUACACUUACUGAAUGUGCAAUUAUUGUUGUUGUUUCUAUGAAUCAUCUGAUGGCACAAGCCCUAUGGAUAAAAUACAGCCUAUCGCCCGAAACGAUAAAAAUAAAAAUGGCACGAUAGACAUUUUCUAUCGUGCCCACGAUAUCUAUCGUCCUAUCGCCCAGCACUACUCUACGGUUUUUAAAGGCACACUUUGAAACAAAUAUAAAUAUAUUUAUGAGCAGAUUGACGAGUGCAGAUCAUUGCUGUGGUGCAACAAGAUUAAAUAUUUAAAUUGUGUGGGUUGCAAAUUCAGAGCCCUGUUAUCAAAGACCUGAUGGAAAGAUUUUUACAGUGUAGAGCCCGGCUUUAUUUUAACAAGAAUCUAUGUGUGACAAGUACUGUCCUUACUGGUGAGAUACAGUUAUCUUACAGGCGCCAAUUACUAAUGUCUUGACCAGAUGGUGGUGUAAUGGUUAGUGCCUCUCAAACAGAAAAGUCCUAGUUUGAACCCCCAGUUUGCAUGUUCUCUCAGUGUGUGCAUGGGCUUCCUCAGAGCCCUCUGAUAGACGGGCAACCUGUCUUAGGCGUACUGUGCCUCUCGCCCAGUGAGAGCUGGGAUAAGCCCUAGCACCCCAUGACCCCAAAAGGGAUGAGCGUUACAGAUGAUAGGUGGAUAGAUGUUCUCUAACUCCAUUUUCCUUCCAACUUGACUCACUAUUUCACAAUGAACCUUACCUUUUAGGUCUGUUUAGCAAUUUGAGCUCACUCCUCAUCAUUGUCAGGAAUUAUUUCUCUUGGUUUGAUUUUUAACCAAAGCACGCGGUCCACGGUUUCUUACUUCCCCAGUGCAAGGAGUGAAUCAGUGUGAGCUGCAGCUGCAGAGAUGCCUUUGAAAGAGGUGUGGAUUACAGUAUGAGUUUCCUACAGCUAACAAGCUUAUCAUCUUCUCUUGGUUUAUUUUAGGGGUGUUAAUUUCUACGAGUCCAGAGAGCAACUCAGAUACUUCUUUAUUCCAUCUGUGCUGUAUGUUCAUGCACUUUCUUGUCAGAAUUUAAGUUUGCCACUAAUGUCUGCCCAAAGGUUUAAAAGCUGCUGCUGCUCUUUACUCUUAGUUGAAUGAAGUUUUCAGAUUGAUCCCCAAUUUAUCCCAGCAGGAUCCUAGUAAAAUAAAGACCAUGAUCGGGUUUUUCCUCUUAAAGUGAUUAUUCACGUAGAUCAUCUUUUAUUUUUGGUGUUUUGAGUGUGUGUAGUUACCAGCAUGUGGCUGUUCUCUCUUUUUUUUUCUCUGUUUAUUUGAUGAUUGUCUCCGUUUGUCUUCCCGCCCUGCAGAGUCAGGCGUACAGAAGCCAGCCUGAUUUAGUGUCAGCAGUCUACGACACAACAUCAUCUACUCUGGCUGUGGACUACUCCUACGGACAGUACCCGAACCAGACUGAUGCUUCCCAGAACUACAGCCAAUACCUCUACCCCUCUGAGUACCCCACAGAGAGCACCUGGAUCGCCCCAGAGCAGCGUAAGCUCACCGUCCUGAAUGAACAGUAAUGAUUUAAAAAAAGCAAAGACUUCUUUUUACUAAGUACAGUUUACUUUUUUUUUCUUCCAGCUCCUCCUCGACCUGCGACCCCGGAGAAGUUCACCAUACCCCAUCGAUGCGCUCGUUUUGGACCUGGUGGUCACCUGGUCCAAGUGCUGCCUAACCUCCCCUCUGCUGGACAGCCUGCACUGGUUGACAUCUACAACAUGGAGGUACAUCUUUCAUAGUGGAGUAAACUGCUUAUUAACUUUUAAGUGAAGGAUUUGGGCCUUAAUUAUUAUGUUAUGAAGGACUAGUGACAGCGAGAGAGGAUUUAAACAUAGGUGUUAAUGUUGCUAGUGCAUAAUUUUGGUGUCAUAAAGUGUCUGUGUUUUAAUGUCAACACAACAGACACAGAACAGACUGCUGUUACCUCAAACUACCUGCCUGUUACAAAGAACUACUGCGAGGCGUUUACAAAUGUUAUUAAAAGAUCCACCUCGCACUAUUUUACACAUACUAUUAUUCAUACUGCUUCUGAGCUAUGAGAAAGCCUAAUUAUUUAUUAAACAAUCAAUGUAUGAUGAUAAUAAAGAGGACAAGGUACUUUAAAAAGAGUCAAUGAUAAUCACACAUUAAUGCAGAAAAAAACACAAGUGAUGCAUAAAAACUUUCUAAGAUGGAGGAAAUAGUUUUCUUCUCCCCUUUGCACACGGCACACCUGUACGUAACAGGAUGUUCCUUUUAAGAUAUCCUCUUUAAGGACGCUGGUUAAGCCCAGGGGUAAAAGAGUGCGUCCUAUGCACAGAGGCUAAAGUCCCCUGUGUCUUCCCACAUUCUGUCCUCUAUCUCAGCUGUCUUAUCCAGUAAGACCCAAAAGGUUAACUCACAAAAGGAGUCCUUUUGUGGCAUAGUUCAUCGUACAAUAAUCUGAAACCUCCCUGCAACCAAGAGUGUUGAACUUAUCAGGAAUUGUUUCUUUAGACUUGAAAGGAUAUGUGAGACAGGUUAUCAAACUGAUGGGGAAAAACUAUAUAAACACUAAACUGAUUUUUCAUUUUGAGACAGUUUGUCAUUGACCUAGCUUAAAGCAGUGUUACUGUAAACCAUGUUUGUCAUUGCAGACCAUGCUGCAGGACACCCAGGAUCAGGUAGAACUGCGAGCCUUCCCUGGACCUCUUGUAAAGUGAGUGAAUCUCCCUUACGUGUCAACAAGAUCUUUUACUCAGUACUUGCAGUGCACAACCUCCAGUCGUUGGUUGGUCCUGCCCGUGUCGGUUAUUCUACUUUUUUUUUUAAAUUUCUGUUGAUAUCAUAAAUAUCUGAAGGGGUGACCAGCAUGAGUCAUGGAUAUUCUGUUUUUCAGUUUGAUGUCAAUCAAAUCUCUGAUGAGAAGUUCAGUUAUGUGGUACCAAUCAUCGAUCUAAGACUGUUAAAACUAGGUUGCAGCAUGCCACAUCUUUCAUUCUUAACACAGUCCAUAAAAAGUUGAAAGCCAUCGGUGCAUUAGCUUUCCUAAAACGCUUAAGCACUGCUCUGCCUCUCUCUGUGGUUUGGUCAGAAGCUCUCUGGUUGGUUCCUGCUUGGAUCUUCAAUCUUUUGUGUUGCAUUCAAGUCUUAAUAUUUGUACACAUAGUUGAUAUUUAAGUUUGCACUUUUUGUGUUAAAUCUGAGCCGUCUCACAUUUUGUAUCCUGUCUGUCAGGGAGGAGACACAUAAGGUGGAUGUGAUAAAGUUCUCCCAGAACAAAGCCAUGGAGUGUUCUCGAGACAACAACCUGUUAGACAGAGACUCUGCCCGCCUGCUCUGGGACUUCAUCAUGCUGCUCUGCAGGCAGAAUGGGGUAAGACCGUGCAGUCACGAUUGUGAGUGUGUCAAAACAUGUCAGAAUAUCCGACUGACCAGUUGUCUCUUUCUCUGUUUCCUCUCUGUAGACUGUGGUCGGCACAGACAUCGCUGACCUCCUGAUGAAGGAGCACCGCUCUGUCUGGCUGCCGGGCAAAAGUCCCAAUGAAGCCAAUUUGAUUGAUUUCAACAACGAACCUCUGGAGAGAGCCGAGGAAGAGCCGGGAGCCGGACCGCUGUCCCUGCUGUCUGAUACCUUCAUGACCGUCCCAGAAAACCUCGGCAAGGAAACCGAACGCUUUAGAGAGCUGCUGCUGUUUGGCCGCAAGAAGGUAAAGAAACACCCUCCUCAAUUGUAGAGAAGUAAAUAAACCGAUACCAUGUGAGAUCUGAUGUGGACUUUUGUUUUGGUCUGUUUUGUUUGUGUGAUAGGACGCACUAGAAGCAGCUAUGAAGGGAGGUCUCUGGGGCCAUGCGCUGCUGUUGGCCAGUAAAAUGGACAACAGGACGCAUGCACGGGUCAUGACAAGGUAAAACCAAAAGCAUGUCUAUGGGUGUGAUGGAAAUGUUUUUACACCCUCUAAAACCUUUUAAACGAUGACACCAUCCACCAAAACUUACCUGAUAUCAGAGAUCAUAUUAAAUGUGCCGGAAUCAAGUUAAACAAGAUUAAACCUUCAAAAAAACGAAAAUUAAUGUGUGACUCUUCACUGGGUUGCUCCUUUAUUUUUCCAUCUGUUAAAGAUUUCCUAGUGCAUUGAUUGUGUUACUUUUUGUCUUUGUUUAGGUUUGCAAACAGUUUGCCCAUCAAUGACCCUCUGCAGACUGUGUACCAGCUCAUGUCAGGGAGGAUGCCUGCUUCAGCCACUGUAAGCUCGACUAUAGCUCUCUCUCUUCCUCUGGUUUCUCGUUCUCAAUAAUAUUUGGAUGCCAACGUGGUGUUGUUGACAUGUGUGUCUUUAUUUAGUGCUGCGGAGAGGAGAAGUGGGGUGACUGGCGCCCUCACCUGGCCAUGGUGCUGUCUAACCUUACACACACCUUAGAUCUGGACACCCGCACCAUCACCACCAUGGGCGACACUCUAGGUAAAGUAAUCUAUAUAUCAGAGUGCUGAGUUAGAAGGGAGUUUUUAUUAUCCCCAAACUUAUGUUUAGUUUUUAUUGUUUUGUGUCGUUGCAGCUUCCAAGGGGCUUAUUGAUGCUGCUCACUUCUGCUAUCUAAUGGCUCAAGUUGGUCUGGGAGUUUACACAAAGAAAAGCACCAAAAUGGUUCUGAUUGGCUCCAACCACAGGUGAGAGACAAAAGCAGGAGAAAGAAUUAUGCACUUUGCACAUAACAUGAUUCAUGUAUGAACUUUUCUUUGUCGUUUUUCCUCAGUGUGCCCUUUUACCAGUUUGCCACCAAUGAAGCAAUCCAGAGGACUGAAGCCUACGAGUACGCUCAGUCUCUGGGCUCCCUGCCGUGCUCACUGCCCAAUUUCCAGGUAGAUUUCUCAGAGUUAGCAGGGAUAAAUGCAGAUUGUGAUACUGAUGUUGUCUGCAUCCUUCCUGUUGUAUCAUAGCUCACAAUUUAGGGUUUUACUACUGAUAUAUAAUGCUGAGGUUUAACACUUCUCUCUGUCCUAUUAGGUGUUCAAGUUGAUCUAUGCAUGCCGUUUGGCUGAAGCAGGCCUGAGCGCUCAGGCCUUCCAUUACUGUGAAGUCAUCUCCAAGACCGUCCUCAUGCAGCCUUCCUACUACUCUCCUGUUUUCAUAAGCCAAAUCAUCCAGGUAUUCACUCACCCUACGCGUGUCUCGCUCUUUAAACCGACUCAGUUCAGUUUCUUAGAGAUGUGUCAAAGGGUCACUGUUUGAAGAUUUUGAUUUUAGUGGAUUUUUGUUGUUGUUGACAGAUGUCUGAAAAGCUGCGAUUCUUUGAUCCACAACUGAAAGAGAAACCGGAGCAAGAGCUGUUCAAUGAGCCUGAGUGGUUGAUCCACCUUAGGAGGCUUGAUGGACAGAUCAAGGUGAGGAGGAGGAGGAGGAGGAGGAGGAGGAGUGUUUUUAAACAGAUAGUUUCUAAAAAAUCUAAAUAAUGUUGACUUUUUAAAAUUUGAUAUUAACACUUUUAAUGCCACCAUAGACAGUAAUAAUUGGGCUGUCAUUGCUUGUAAGUUAAUUUUUCAUUGGUUAACGUUACGAUUGUAGAGUUUAAAUUACAUUCAUUUGAUUCUUAAAUCAAGGCACUGGUCAAAGAUGUUUUACAUGCUAAUAUGGACUUCAAAACUGUUUGGAAAAUGCGAAAAGAUGGAAUUUGAAGCAUUUGAUGAAUAACAUUUAAUAAUGAUCACAUACUGAAUAUAAAUAAUCAGUGUUAGAAAAAAGAUUGCUUUCUUCAGCAAAGUUCACUUACUUUAAAUUAUGCUGUCUUAGUUGUAUCAUUUAAACAUUUUAAGCAUAUAAAUACUCUAUGGAUGAAAUGGUGAGUAUAGUUUGAGAAAAAAAAAACAAUUAUUCUGGCUUAAUGAGAAGAUCUAGAAGAUUUAGAUUCAAAAUCUGUUAAAUAGUAACCAUUGUGUAUCCUCUUGUAACCAAGUUUGGUGCUUCUCUUUUGUUGUGGUAGACCGGGGUGAUCAUGUACAGCCAAGACAGAACGACCCCCACUCAGUUUGAAUGCAGCAGCCCCAGCUCAGACCUGGACCAGCCCAGUCCAUCUGAGCCUUACAACAUGCCUUCAGAGUUUGACGGCCACACCCCAGACAACCCACUGAUGAGCUCAUUACUGCCUGGAACUACACCACAGGGAGUGCAGCUGAUGCCUCCAGGUGUGUGGAUUAAAGCGCUCUUUGUGUUUUUUUUUUUUAACCUCUCUUAUCAUAGUUCUGGCUCAAAAUGCAUCCAACCUCUUUGUCUGUAUUUCCUCUCAGCUCCCACCUCUAUCCUUCAAGAUGGGAUGGCCCCUCCCCAGCCUGCACCUACCAAUGAAGUCCCCCAGUUCUACCCAGUUCCCCCCACCGGACCACCAGGCCACAUGCCUGUCCCAGGCUACCCCCCGCAGGACCCCGGUUUUGCACCUCCUCCCUUCCAGCCUCAACCUGAGCAUCCAGAGAUGUAUCCAGGAGCCCACCAGCAGCCUGGUCCCCCGCCUCCUCAAAUGGGCCAAAUGUCACCGCACAUGCCCCCUCAAGUGCCGCAUUCACCCGUACGGAUGAACCCCCCGACACUCCAGAUGCCUCCGCACAUGCCCCCUUCUCCUGGGCACAUGCCACAUGUAGAGCAGCUGCCUCAUUCUCCGACAGAGAUGCACAUGAACCAACAGAUAUCAGCCUCUCCUCCCAGAAGCUCGCUCACACCUCAGGAAGACUUCUACGACCAAAUGGCUCACAUGGUCAGAAACACUAUUUUGAUAUUUACUUUGAGAAAUUUAGAAAUAACAUGUCAGUAGAUUCAACUUAUUUAUGAAUGUUUGAAAAAAAAUUCUGAACCAAUCUUUUUUUUUGGAGCUGCAGGGUCCAGGAAGGAGAUCAAGGACUACUUCACAAUCUUCAAUGCAUAUGGUACAUAUACAAUAUGUAUAUUAUUGCUGCUUAAAAUAGACAAUACUGAAAUUUAACCAGUCAUAAAAUACUCCCAGUUAGUGCUGACACUUCUGUGCUGUCUAGUGAAAACCAGACGGUCCUUUUUAAUAUACUUCCAUCUGUCCCUAAUCUAGAGCAGCCCAGGACAACAGCUGUCCCAUUAAAAUCUACUUUGGGAAGCUUCUAAAUUUUCAGUUUUUCUUUACAUGAUUAGACAGGGAAUUAUUGCACUUUAUAUGUUUUAUUGAAGAUGUAGUAAGUGAUAGUGCACUGGACUGAGAUACAUUGGCUAAUUUUUAAACAAUGUUAGCUCUACCUGGUUGAAAAAAGUAAUGAGGUGAAAACUGAGUGUCCAUUUUCCAAACAAAUUGUUUUUCUAUUAAUGCGGAAAGUAUCUCUUUUUUUACUCCUACUGGACGAUGGUGACCUUUUGUCGGUGCACACCCCUGCUCAAUAUCUUCAUGAGUUCUUACUCUUACUCAUGACUAUCACUAUCUAUCAAACAGGAAAGUGCUGGACAGUGUUUAUUGCCAUCUUUUUUUUUUACCUUUCUGUCUCAAAAACUUUCACAGAAAUUGAUGAAGGGGCUUUUGGAUAUUCUCCAUCCUCUGCCUGGAAUUCAUUAGAAUGACCUGAAAGUCAAGGAGCUGGUGUCUGUAGAUGGUUUUAAAUUUGAAGAAGACUCUUUUCAGGUUACCUGGUUGCAGAACUGACUCUGAUAUAGUCUCUCUUUUUAUAUGAUUGUGAACUGUACAGUGGUCCCACGUGUUUAUGCGUCUGCAGAUUUGUGUAUUUGUGUCUUUCUAUGUCUCCCUUAAAAUAGACAUUUUUAAUUUGAGUGGGAUUGUCGAGGUGAAAUGAAAAAAAGAGAAAAUCAUUUUGUUGUCUUGCAUAGAUUUUUUUCUGUGAAGCUCCGUUUUUAAAAGUUAUUAGGGUUCAUGUUUUCUAUGAUUGACACCGGAUACAGCCUAUGGGCGUUCAGGGAUUGCGUAGCUCACCCGGGGGGAUACGCUGUUUGAGCCGAGCUUCAUCACAGUGACUCUCGGCAACUGCGCGGCCCAAUGCGCGCAUCGCAACUGCGCAGCGCUGGUUUCAGGAAAAAUCCCAGAAAUACCGAGAGCUUUUUGGCUUCAAAUCCGUAUACAGGCGGUAGGCGGAACCAAGUUGUCCAUAGUAUAUACAGUCUACGGCUUUCACACUGCAUACGAACCGAACCAGGGUUCACUUGCAAGUGAACCGAGACCCAUGUUUUCAGGCGGACCAGAGUUCGCUUGUUUGGUCCACACCAGAGUUCGGAUGAGCUUUCACACCUGCCGGAACGAAGCGGACUAUCCGAGGAAACGAACUCUGGUCCGUUUAAAGCGGACCAAACAGCUCUGGUGUGAAAGCGACCUUAGUGUGCCUAAUGUUGCGGUGAGGGAGUGUAUAUUUACCCUGGCUAGGCUUGGCAGUGAGUAAAUGGUCAAGAGGAGUUAACAUGGCCGAUGAUUUCUUUGCGACAAUACUUCACUCAUGCACACACACGCACACACACACACACAGGACGAUGUCAGCAAAGAGCUAAGAGCGGAUAUUUACACUCACAGAGCAUGAUCACUCAAGUUCAGUUCAUAUUCCAUAACUCUCCUUCCUUCACAAUAAGCUUAUUUUAUUUACACAACACCUCGUGAGAUAUGGCUGCUGAUAUAAGGAGGUUAGAGAUGACAGCCCUAUAAUUUCACAGCUCUAGAUAUUCAUACUGACCUUUCUAGAGAGCUAUAUCUUGCAGUUGGCUUACUGUCAUGAAAAUAUAUGGGAAUGUUAAUAACUGUAGCUGUACCAGCAGAGUGACUAUAACUUCAGCUCUUUACAUAUUGCAAGGUGAAGGUGUGAUAUUUACACUCCUGGAACAUCUCACCUUUAAUAUGAAUGUCACAGAGGUGUGAUGUGGGACAAAGUUGUCCCGCCGCCAUCGAAGGCUUUGAGAUAGUAAGAGAGACAUUACAGGGGUGAGACAGGAGAACUGUGAGCUGGCAGAGUGGUGCAUGUCUCAGUGUGUAUGUGCCUUUAAAUAACAGGAAAUCAAUUCUUUGAUUAUGUUGUUGGAUCCAUGUGACGGUACAAAGGCGUGAUGACCAGCAGAACUACAUUAGAUUGAUGUUGUUGUUAUUUCUUGUGGUCUACAGGGCUCUGGACGGCGCUCUCGCAACAACUCUGUAUCUUCCACUCACUCUGGAGGAAGAGAGCGGAGCAACUCAUUCAAGCAGGUCUCUCCACCUCCACCUUCGAUCCCUGAACAGCCCCGCAGAGAGGAAGUCAAACAAGUCAGGAAAGACUCCCCUAAAAAGGUUCCUGUUCACACCUCAGCAUUCAGGUCUUUAAUCAGGACAACCCCUCCCCCAGUGUUCAAUAGUGAUCAGUGUAUUUUCUCCUCAACAGAGCGGUCUUGGUGGGUUGAUUCGGUGGAUUUACGGGAAGGGGAAGAAUGAGGCUCACUUACCUGAUGACAAGAACAAAUCUGUAAGUCUUUGCAUGAUUUUUCAAUUGUUUCUGUUGUUUUCUGCUCAUGACCGGCACUAAUAAAAGGCUCAUGUUCUUCUCGUCAGAUUGUUUGGGACGAACAGAAGCAGAGAUGGGUGGACUUGAACGAGCCCGAAGAGGAGGUCUGUAACUAAUUUUAUUUCUGAGCAAUAGAGCAUCACAAAUCAGCCCUUUCUGAUUUUAAAGUGAAUCUAAUCUCAUCUUUUAUAGAGUAAACCUCCUCCACCACCUCCAUCUGGCUUCCCCAUGAGGCCUCAGAUGCCUGGCGCCCCCCCUGGAGGGCCUCCCGGAGGGCCUGUUGGAGGACCCCCGAGCGGUGGUCCCCCUGUUAACAUGUUCUCCAGGAAGGCAGGUGAGAUGUGGAUUUAACACCUCAGCCUCUGGAUGACAAAAGCUUGACCUCUCAUAACUCAACCGUGUUAUUUUUUAUUUAAAGGAGACUUACAGAUUUUUUCCUUUUUUUUUUUUUUAUUUAGGCACAAGGAACAGAUAUGUGGACGUUCUGAACCCCAGUAAAACCACAAACCCGGGCGGAUUGGCCCCUGCUCCUGCAGACAUCUUCGCUCCUUUGGCUCCCAUGCCAAUGCCUGCUAACCUAUUUGUGCCUAGUUCAGGUGAGUCUCAUGUCUCAUAACCAGUUCAGUUUAAAGGUGAUCGUAGAUCGUGUUUAUGAGGAUAAUGGCAGAUUUUUGCUCCUGUCGUUAUGAAGAAAGAAGGAGCCACAGAACAUUUAAAGAGUUAAUCAAGGAAAGAUUUUCACCUUCUUUGUUUUUCUGUUUUAGCUCCUGACGAUCAGCAGCCUUUGGAGGGCAGUGAAGGAGGAAACCAGGAGCAGAAUUCACCAAACAACAGUGCUGCUCCACAAGUAUUCAUGACUUAUAUAUAUAUAUGUAUUUUGAAAUAUUCAGCAUUUAUCCUGCAUACCAGCACUUGGCAACAUUUUGCAACAGUAUUAUAGAAAAAUAUUUUCAUCAGGCAUACUGGAGUUGAGCAAUUUAUUGAAUUGGUUGGUUGGUUGGUUGGUUGGUCACAAGAGGAAAUUUGUCUGGUUGGUUGGUUGGUUGGUUGUCCACAAGUGGAAAUUUGUCUUUAGUCCCAUUGUGUACAAAAAAAAAACAAAAAACGGUUCAACAGCAACAAGGACAGCAGCAACAGACACAUAACAAAUACACACUAAACAUCUUGGCAGCAAAAGAGGGAGGACAACAGUGGCAUGUACAGUACGUAACAGGCAGAUCUAAGGAGACAUAGGCCUACUAUCAUUCAGUACCCUGGUGGCAUUAGGAAUGAAUGAGUUUUUGAAGAGGUUACGAUUUGCCUUAAAUACUUGAUAACUUCUGCCUGAACGAAGUAUGAAAAACUCACUGUACAGCUAGUGAGAAGGAUCAUUUACUAUCUUAACAGCUUUUUUCCCAAUCACUUCCUUGUAGAUACAGCUUAAGUGUUUCUGUGGCUUCCCUAUGAUUUUUGAAGCUAGAUUCACUAUUUUCUGCAGCGUACAUCUGCCUUUUGUGUUUGGGUUACCAUACCACAUUGCCAUGUUAAAGGUUAAGAUUCCCUCUAUGAGGUUCUUAUAGACUGUCUCCAUGAUGUUCUUACUCACUCCAAAGGAGCUGAGCAUGCGUAAUAGAUGGAAGCGUUGAUUACAAGAUUUUAAAAUGUGGUCAGUGUUAUGACUGAAAUUAAGGUUGCUGUCAGUAAAGGUACCUAAAUAUUUAAAAGUGUCCACUACCUCUACAGUGUUCCAUGAAUAUAAGAGGCCUCCGUUCUCACCCAAAGUCUCCUCUGUUUCACUUUUCUCGAUCCUACAGAUGUUUAACCCUACGUUGUUACCGCCGGCUCCAGAAGGUCCUCCUGUGCCUGAUGGCUCACAGUCUGGAGAGGUAAGACGAAACAUCACUAGCUGAUGCUAAUGCCACUGUAGUACCAUCAUGCUAUUGCUAAAUCAUGAAGCUCAACAUCCUAACAGCCAGUGCGUGCAGGUUGCUCCUCUUUGCAGUGAAGGUUUUUAUGGGAUAGGGGUUUUGAAGGACCGGAGGAAUGCAUGCAUGUGUAUUAAAAAUCUGUCCAUUAUCAUGCUAAAUGAAAUGUUAAACCUCUGUUCCAAAAUCUAAUACUACCCAUGUCUUUUUUUCAUAAUAUACUUUUUUAAUUCUGGUUCAUUUCUUUUUUACAAUUGGACCUGGUGUAAAGUGAAAGGAGAUCUAAUCAGCUGCAUGGGAGUUUAUUAAUCUGGGUUUGUGGUUUGUGUUUUUGUUGUCUUCUGUUUAUUUCCUUCCUGCUCUCUUUAGCUCUCACGUUCUAGCUCAAUGAGUUCUUUAUCACGCGAAGUGAGUCAGCAUUUAAACCAGGUACCUCUAGCAGGGCCUCCAAUGGUCCACUUUCACCCCCCCUGCAUGUCACUCACCUAGAUCAAUACGGCAUCGGUAACCUGCUUCACAGUUUUGCACCUGACGCUUCACCAUCAUUCCUGCCCAGGAUGUCUGCCUGCUCACCCUCCUGCCUGCUGUCUCCAGUAUACUUACAUGAAUCUGCGUCUGUUGAGAAAAACUGAAUCUAGAACAUUAUUGAAUCUGCUCAAAGAUGUCAGUGAAUUGGCUAUGUGUUAGCAUGCUAGCAGAUGAAAUGUCCAUGGUGGUCCUUGACUUUUUUAGUGUGGAAAGUUUAGUCUUUAAUCUACAUCUAGAAAUGUCCUUUUAGCUCUUUUAUUUUCUAAUUUUUUGAGUUGACUUGUUUUCUGAUGUCAUGUACAUGUAAUACAAUAUUUGUAAUCAUGGAUAACACUAGGGAUGUCCAGGAUUAACUGGUUUCCUCGUUAUUUAAACAGAAAUUUAAUUACCAGCUGAUAAUCUAGUCAAAAGGCAAGAAAACACAGCCAAAACAAUAUCCCAUUACCUUCAGUGUAGCAGAGGCUUUUGUUCUUAAGGUCUGCAGAUCAAGUUUGACAACAGAAAACACUACCAUUGAACCACAUAGCACAUCCAAAGUGAAAAGAGAAUCAGUAUAACAGCUGACACCAAUUUCAAAAACAAAAUAGACAGCACACAAGUUCACAGUUGAAUCUGUAAUAAACUGAAAGAUACAUUUCAGCUUUACAAAGUGCCGUUGAAUCAUUGUACAACAUUUGGAGGCGCCUGAUUAUAAGGCGCACCAUCAAUGAACGCGUCUAUUCGCGUCUAUUUUCAUACAUAAGGUGCACCGGAUUAUAAAGCGCAUUUAGCCAAACAAAACAGUCAGAUAAGUCAAACUUUAUUAAACUCAUUCAAUAACUCCGCAAGGCCACAGUAGCUGCAGUGCUCCGACAAGCCGAAAGGAUUUUAGGUGCGCCUUAUAGUGUGAAAAAUACAGUAAUUAUAAAUACCAAAUAUUCUAUUGCGAAUAAUGUUGUUUAAAGUACUUUUGAUUUACAUUGAUUUUGGUGCCCCCUUGUGGACAAAUCACUCUUUACUCACCUUGUUCAAUCUAUUCUUAAAGAGUGUGUUUUGAUAAAAAAUCUCACCCUGAUGAUUUUUGACAAUCAAACAUAUCACUCAUUCAGCUGCUUGCCUGACUCCUCCCCCCUUGCACUGGUUUGAGGCAUAGAGAAUGACAUAAUACAAGCUUACAGUAGUUCUGUCACUGAUGGUCUUGUUUGCUUUUGAAUAUUAUAAGAAAGCAUUAAUAUGAAUUUCAGUCUAUUCUAUAAAUAAAUAAUAAAAAAAAAACCUUACAGGAGUUUAAGGGAUUUUUUCUAACACGCUAGAGAGUAUUUUGAUCAAUUCAGUGUUAAGACAAUGUAGCUUUGGACCUCAUUAAAAGGCUAAACAAAACAAAAAAAAACCUCCUACACUGAUGGUUGGCUGUGCUAUAGCUAAGACACAACAUAUGACCAGCAUCUCACGCCUCAUAUCUCUUUGGCUUGGCUGACAACGUUCAGUUGUUUAGUCGACUAUUAUACAAACCCCAAGGUACCACUGAGCUGCUAGCAUGACUUCAGAAAGAGGAGAACUUACCUUUGUUCCUGGUCAUUUUUGAACCAUAGAUCAGAGCAACUGUGUGUGCUGGAGACCGCUGCAGGACCACCCCCUUGUUCCUUGUCACGCAAACACGCAGCUUUAUUAACACGCCAUGUAGCUUGUAUGUUUACUAAAAAGAUGUGAAACAGUGGUUUGUAAUGCUGCCGAUAAGUGGAUCCAAGAUCCUCUCUGCAAUCAUUUUUCUACUUUGCUUUGAUUUAUUGUUUAUAUUACUGACAUUCAUCCCCAUUUGUUUCCAUAGAGGAACUGGAGUAAUAGUGCUGUGCAGACUGUCGUAAAUCUGUUUGUCUUUUGCAGAAUCAUCCUGUCCAGGCAGCAGCACCUGCUGGAGGAGUCACUUUUUAUAACCCUGCACAGUUUGCACAGGUGAAGAACACAUUUUGUCCUUCCAUUUGUGCUCCUUUUCCCCUUCAUUAAGCUUACUGUUUGAUUUUCUUUUUCCUCCAGACAAGUGCACCAUCAGGAGGUGGACACCGCGCCGGUCGAUUGGGCGGCCAGCGCCAGUACCCAGUGUUGAAGUAGAGACCUUAUUGCAGAGAGAUUGUGGAAACAGACUUGUUGAAAUGAGUGAUAUCCUACCUGGAAGUAAAUGAAGCACAUGGACAUGAUGCUCUCUGUCUAAAGGACCUUUUCUUUUCUGCCUGCACCUAAGAAGAACUCAAUCACACUUUCCAUCAUGUUGAUUUGUCCAAGAGCUUAACCACUCUUUCAUCUUUUUCUUCGGUCAAAAAGAAAAUCAUCAGUGGUGAUUUUUUUAAAAUUUAACAGGCACAGAUUUUUCUUGAAGGGCUUUUCUCCUGAAUCCAAACAGAAAAAAAUAUGAAUUUUAAUGACUAUUUAAAGGUUUAUCACAGAUGCAUUUAUACACAAACUGUGCAUAUAUGACAGCAGCUUAGGAAACGAUGAAUAUGUUGCUACUGUAGUCUGUCUAGCUUCCCCUCAGAAGUAAAACUAUCAGAAUGAUCAUCAAGCAGAUCCUGCUUUAGUUUCCUCUCUGUGUCUCAAAGUCCAAAUGUCCGUGUUUGUUUGAUUGACUGAUUGUAUGUGUGAUGGAUAGUGGAACGGGCGCCUUUAAAUUUUAUUUGUUGUUGCAUCUGCAGCUCCUCUGUGUUCUUUCGUUAACUGGAGAAAGCUUUCUGUGUGAGAAUGAAUCAUGUCGAUGUGCAUUGUCUGCUGGUUUUUUUUAAGCUUCUCCUCAGUCGCCCUCCAGUAAAGGCCGGUUUAGUGGAGGGCACAGGAAAGAGACUCGUACUGGCGUCACAGCCUCGACACUUUGGGAAGGUCUGCAGCAUCAGGAAGCUUGUUUCAGAUUUUCAUUUCAAUGCCCUCCCUGCCCAUCAUCUACUCUUGACUUCAAAGAUGCGUUCGGGUCUUUACUCUGAUUAAAGCUUCUUUAUCUCUGCAGAGAAACGUGCAGUGAUGGUGUGAUAAAGGUCUUAACAAACAGCAGGAAUCGGGAAUAAACUGCAUUUGAAGUGUCACACAAAUCUAUCCAAAUAUUUGUAUAUCAGAUUGAUUGUAUUUAUGAGCUGUAGGCUUACAAUGUGUGUGUGUGUGUGUGUGUGUGGAGUAACAACUUUUCCUGAUUAGCUUUGAAGAAAUGCAUUUAUGAUUCACCAGAGAUGAUGUGGAUUCACAUUCUUACCAUUUGUAAUGGCUUCUGCAGAUGAAACUUCAAAUAGUGAGACAUGAGCUAGCUAUACACAGAAUAACCCCCUGUCAAUUAAAUUUACUGAUAUGAUUUUUAAUUCAUCACUUUGUCAACCCAAGUGUUUAUCAUUUAGUGAUUUUGUAGACUUAAGUUAAAGAUUUUACAUGGUCCUCUUUUGUUUGCAAGAACAAAAUAAAUGUCCCCUCCCCCUCAAUGUAUAAGAAUUCCUCCUGUAAAUUUUUGACAUAAGACUUAAAGGUGAAAUCAAAACAAAAUAAAGUUAUUUUUGCGCUCUGUAGCACUUUGAAAGAGA